ACCACCUCCAGGCUGCGCCAUGUACACGAGGAAGCCAUUCAUGACCCCCAGUGCACAAGCUUAUCUGCAAAAUGUCCGACGUUAAACAUUUAAAGCGUUGUGUUCGAAUGUAAUUAAUACUUUGGCAAGGUACAACUUGAUUUACUCUAAAUAACUUUGUAAUAAGUAAUAUCUGUAAGUGAGCAAUUAAGUACGUGGAUACGCAGAGAAAUAUUAUGUAUGCAAUGAAUAAUAAAUCAUUUAUAUCGUGUGACUUGUUACGUGAAAAAUCUCAUCGAAGGAUGUGGAGUCCAUCAACAAUGUCACGGUGAAGCGCAUCUAUAAAAGCAAGUAUUAUGUGCUCCCGUAGUAUAAAAAUUGCAUUUAUCUAUUUUCCUUCGCAUUUAUUCAAUGUGGAACUAGAAUUUCUACCAAUGUAUACAAGUGGCUCCAUCUCCCGCACCUACGGCUAUACUGAGAAACACAGUUACACAACAGAAAAUUACCGACCGCUGAUCGUUCCACAAAUCCCUAAAACUUGAAACGUAGAGAGAACUUUAGCAUCCAUCUUACGUUCUGUCGCAUAGGCUACAUCUCCAUUGUACUUGAAAUCCGGGAUUUAUCAUGUCCAAACUCAGGUUCACGUAAAGUGACGUGAAUAAUUAAACGGUGUCAACAAGUGACGCUUUUUACACCUGGAUGUCCUAGUUUUUAUAUUAAUAAUAUGAGAUGGCUACACAAAUGCGAAUCGAUCAUUUUUUCAAAUCGGCUCGCGGCGGUAAUACUAAUUGUGCCGGAAAGCUAACCAAUCCUGGUCACUCCGCAAAUGUGUCUCCGAAGGGAAAAAGUAAAUUAUCCCUUAAAAGAUCGAUGUCGACAUUGACUUCGACAACUGGGAAUAAUAAAAGAAAGUCAAAUAAUCAAGCUUUGACUAAAUCAUCCACCAUGCCAGUGUCACGGAAGAUCAGUCAGUCGAAAAGUGAUUCCUCGAGAUUAGAAUGUUCAAUUUUACACGUGCAUGCAAAUUACUCAAUGGUCCCUGACACUCCAUCGAAAGCGAGCCCUUCAAGUAAUAAACGAAAAGCUUCCCCUACCAGUAUCGGUAACUCUCCAAAGAAGACACCGUCGAAGAUCGUAAGAAUAGUCUCUCACAGACAGAAUGGUCCUUACAGUCCUAGAAAACUGUUUUCUGAGAGGAUAGACGUUGACGCAACCAUGCAGGCUAUAGAGAACAUUAAUCUCACCAAGCAAGGUGCGAUACGUCCAAAUAAUUUCAACUUAGCAGAGGUUUAUUCCAAGCCAGACUUUGAUGUGGUUUACAGUCGUCCUAAUAAUGAUACAUCGAUAAGGUACGAUUGGAAGGACCUCAUCACUCCGAAGGAGAAACAUGCGGACAACCUUUUCAUGAUUCUAGUCGAAGUUUUCACAAAUCCUCUGAACUGUGGAUAUUUUAACGAUGCAGAACUAGACACAGCUGUUUCAAUCAUGUCUUUAAGUGCCAAGGCACAAAUGUUGCUAGCUAGAAUGUUGAAAAGGAAACUCUGCUGGCACAGAGUUGGACUCCUGUCAUACCCUGAAGUGGCCAAUAACUUGGAACCAUUCUUCGCAGAGUUGAUUGAGAAGAAGUUCUGUGACUCGUGUCUCGACAAAGAGGAUAUUUCCAUACUAUUACAGCUACUUCAAGUCGACGAGAUACGAAAAGUUUGUCAGAAAUUUAAAGUGGAUCACCGAGGCAAUAAGCCAAAGCUUGUAUCCGAAUUACUUAAAAUAUACAAUACAAGAAAGUCAUUGUUCCCUGGGGCGACAACUCCUAGUGAUGCUCUUCGUUCGAUGAUAGUCUCCGCAGUGGGCCUUUGUAUAAGAAUCUCAGAAAAUUUUCUAAGUCUUAUUCAGAGAGUCGUUGUACUCUUGAUUCCAAUGCAGGAUCCAAAGGAGAAACUUUCCGAUACCUUCUUAAUGUUAACGAAUGUCCUGCGAGGGGAUAUCAUUUAUCCAACAAUGCCAAAGGAACGUUACCCCAUUUUCGAGAGCAGAGAACACCUGAUACGUUACGUAGAGGGAAGGAACGCUCUGUCAAAGUAUUACGAAGCUGAUGAGAACAAAGAUUGGGAAACAGUCCGAUCACUUGGAAGACUGGCCUACAACACUUUAGCAUCCAUCCUCAAAGACGAGCAACCACGUUACGAUGGUGUGCCAUCCCACGUGAAGAAAUUCGUUCCGGAACAUGUCUGGGCGAAAGUCUUGUCGAAGAGCCUGGUGGCUUUCAAGAAAGAUGCUGAAAAUAUAUCGGAAGCUGUAAAGUAUCUGGAGCUGCUGUUAAACCAAGAUCACAUGCAGCAUUAUCGUGGCAAGUGGUACGGAGAAUUUGCUCUCAUUGAGAUGCACUACAGGAAGAACUUGGAAGCGAGUGCUGUGUUGACGGUGAACGCCCUUAAACAGGAAGACCUCACCGACGUCGACGUUUUCGAGAUGCUCGACAGAGCGAGAAAGCUGACGAGGAGAGCCAAAGGCAUCAAGUCCCAGACGAAGGAGCUGGUCCAUUCGAUUUCGCAGGAGAUCGCUCAGCGAUUUUCCGAAUUUGCACCGACGAGUAUUACCAUAACAGCCACCAUGGUACGCGGAAACCUUAGUGGAACGAAGAGCACCUGGGAGGUAGACAUCGGGGGCCAGGGAAAAGGAUACAUGAACGUGGAGACCCGAGCACUGCAUCACUAUUACAACGAAGGCUUCCCCUAUGGACUGCACUGCGAAGGGGCUCUUCCUGCAUUGUUUUUCACUGUCUUGUUCUGGGAAGAAUUGUACGGCUAUUUUGUUCCUGGAGCCUUCGUGUCCUGUUACCAGACUGCUCCGUUGGACCUGUACACCGUGGACUUUUAUGAGAACCGGAAGGGUGCCAUCGAUGAGAAGCUUCGGAUCCUUCGGUCCUUGGAUGUGGAGAGUCUUAGUGACACGAUGGUCAUUAGUUACCUUAAGUACAGACAAUAUGAGUCACUCAUGCCAAAUAAUCUCUUCAAGAACGAAUACGAUUUUAAGGAAGUAAUCGCAUGCCUUGGAACCAACGGUGUAAUUGGAAUCUGCGAAAGGAUGCUCAGUAAUUUCAAUCUCUGGAAAGCUGGCUUUCCAGAUCUUAUCGUGUGGAAUCCACUCACUACGGAAUGUAAAAUUGUCGAAGUCAAAGGUCCCGGUGAUUCAUUGUCGACUAAACAAAAGCUUUGGCUUCAGUAUUUGCAACGCAUCGGAAUCUGCACGGAAGUGUGUAUAGUUGAAGCAAAAGGUCACGCAAGGAAAUGCUGAAGAAAAGUGUAUAAACUUGGAAAUUACAUGGCUGCAUAUUUUACAAUGCAAUGUAUAGAAUUUGUUCCUCAUACAUUUUACACUUGUAACGAUUGCUUGUAUCGGAAUGAUAUUCAAAGUGUUAUUUAACAUAUAAGCAUUUAGAGUGCGAUCUACAUAUA